AGGGUGUGCGCCCAGGCCAAGCAUUUGCUUUGAUUGCAAAUGGCCAGCGUGUGAUGGUCACCUGUCCAGCGAAUGCACGACCUGGACAAAAGAUCCGCUUUCAAUUGCCGAUCAAGCUCAGCUCUGAUGAGAUUCAGUCAAUCAAGCUUAAUUACCAAAAGGACGGCUGGAUUCGCUGUCUAUCUACAGACCUAACAUUUCAUUGGGUACGCAGUGAAGCAGAAGCUGAUAGUGAUCACGAGUCGAAAAAGAAACUAGAAUGGGCCUUCGAGCGAACUGCCUUCGUUCGGGAACUACGGACCUUGACUGUGGGGACAUCAACAUCGAAGGCGACCCACUCGCUGCAACUUGUGCCUGCGAAAGAUGCUGCUCUGUCCACUGUAGUGCCCGCAAUUAACAAUGGCACUUCGCUUGCCCAGGAGCUAUCACGAUACGCAGCCAUGCCCUUUCAACAUAAAGAAGCCUGGUUUCGACAACAAAUUGCAAAGUUGCAAGUGCCGUGGGAAGAUGGACACAUAAAGAUUAAUGUUCGACGUGAGAAUCUUUUGGAAGAUUCAAUGGAGGCUACUGAGUCAAUUACUCAAGCCGACAUGCGCAAAAUCUUUCGGUUCGAGUUUAUCGCAGAACCAGGUGUGGAUGCGGGAGGUGUUGCACGGGAGUGGUUUCAGCUUGUCUCGGACAUGCUAUUCAAUCCAGACUUUGCAUUAUGGUCAUACAGCUCAAUAAACCAAAUGUGCAUGCAGAUAAAUCCGUCGUCGGGCAUCGCAAAUGAUGAACAUCUCCGCUACUUUCACUUCACCGGCCGCUUGUUGGGUAAGGCUCUUUUUGACCGACAGAUUGUAGCUGGACAUCUCGUCCGACCCUUGUACAAGCACAUACUUGGAUGGCCAUUGACGGUGGCUGAUCUGGAGCAGCUGGAUGCAGACACAUAUGCCAACUUGUGCAAGCUGAAAGAUCUUGAUGAUGUGGAGGUUUGCUGCCUCGACUUUACCGUCACAGAGGAUCACUGGGGCACAGCACAGACAGUAGACUUGAAACCAGACGGUGCAAAUUGUACUGUUACCAACAACAACGUUGAUGAGUAUAUUCAACUACAGAUGCGGUACAGGCUACUUGACCGUGUCAAAGAACAAGUGAAAGCCCUCCUUAUCGGAUUCUAUGAUGUUGUUCCGGAGGCGUUACUUUCUGUAUUCGAUUUCCAGGAACUUGAGCUGCUUUUGUGUGGCCUCCCAGAAAUUGAUAUCGAGGAUUGGAAACGAAACACAGAGUACACCGGGGACUACGAACGGAAAGGUGCAUCUCACAAGGUAGUCAAAUGGUUCUGGGAGGUUGUCGUUGACGAUUUUGAUGAAGAACACAAAGCCAGGCUUCUUCAAUUUGUGACUGGCACCUCUGGGGUACCAGCGCAGGGAUUUCGCGCCUUGCAAGGCAACGAUAAUAAUAUUCGCAAGUUCACUAUCAAUUCGAUCCCUGAGACCGUCUCGGUUUUCCCAAAGGCUCAUACUUGCUUCAACCGAAUAGAUUUGCCCCUCUACGACUCGAAGAAGAAACUGAAAAAAUUUCUGACCAUGGCAAUUCAGAUGGAAGCAACUGGCUUUGAUAUAGACUGAGUGGUCUCGUUGUCUUGAUCCACCCCAGAAGUCUAGCUACUCGCCGUCUCACGGAGCUCAUUGGCAAGUUACCCCGGGGGCGAACGCGGGAAAUACGACGCGCAUAAAGCCCUCAGCUGCCGGCUAGGCGCCAAAUGACGCACGGCGUUAUUUACCUGGGCCGUCGCCACGGCGCUAUUUGCAGAGGUUCUGCACAGUUAGGUAGCCCGCGGGAAACUCGACGCGUUCUAGUUUGGGGCCCGCCAGCGGGCCCGCCCACCUAUGGGAGCCGGAUGCGGGAGCCGGAUUACCGGGUAAUGCCCGGGAGGCCUCGGU